AUGAGAUUCCAGCUCUUUUUUUGGGUAUUUUUUAUUUUUACCAUGAGUCUCUUUUUUAUCAGUGAACAGAAACCAGUUAAUUUUCCCAGGAGAAGAAAACUAUACAGACACAACUGCUUUCGCAGGAGAUGCAUUUCACUUCAUUCUCGAGUGCCCUUCCCAUAA